CUCAUUUCCAUUCCUCACUGCGCACUCAAAUGCCAAUCCUUAUAUAUCUGCAACCCCACCCACUUGACCACCAAAAAAGGAACGCAAAAGAAAGCCAGUAUGCCUGCCGCCAUCGCCGCCACCACCAGCACCGCCGCAGCCACCACCAUUAAAAUGGGGGAUUCUCAGACUCAGGAGUUCAUUUUCCGGUCCAAGCUUCCAGACAUAGACAUACCGAACCACCUACCUCUCCACGCCUACUGCUUCCAGAAUCUGGAUGCCGUGAGGGACAAGGCCUGCAUCAUCGACGGGAGCACCGGGGACGUCUACACCUACGCCGAAGUCGAGCUUAACGCCCGCCGUGUGGCGGCCGGGCUGGCGAAGCUCGGCGUUCGGCAGCGCGAUGUGGUGAUGAUCCUGCUGCCCAACUCGCCGGAGUUCGCGUUCGUGUUUCUGGGCGCGAGCUACCGCGGCGCGACCACGACGACGGCCAACCCGUUUUACACCGCGGAGGAGAUCGGGAGGCAGGCGAGGGCGAGCAAGGCGCGGCUGGUGGUGACGCUGGCGGUGCACGCGGAGAAGGUGAGGGAGCUGCGGGAGAAGGAUGGGGUGAAGGUGGUGUGCGUGGACGAGGGGUACCCGGAGGGGUGCCUGCACGUUUCGUGCCUGACGGAGGCGGACGAGAGGGAGAUGCCGGAGGUGGAGGUGCUGCCGGAGGAUGUGGUGGCGCUGCCGUACUCGUCGGGGACGAUGGGGCUGCCCAAGGGGGUGAUGCUGACGCACCGGGGGCUCGUGACGAGCGUGGCGCAGCACGUCGACGGGGAGAACCCCAACAUGCACCUGAGGGAGGGGGACGUGGUGCUAUGCGUGCUGCCGAUGUUCCACAUCUACGCGCUGACGUCGGUGCUGCUCGGAGCGAUCAGGUCGGGGGCGACCGUCCUGGUGAUGAAGAAGUUCGAGGUAGGGAAGCUGAUGGAGCUGGUGCAGAGGCACCGGGUGACGGUGGCGCCGAUCGUGCCGCCCAUCGUGCUGACUCUGGUGAAGAAUCCGGACGUCGACCGCUACGACCUGUCGUCCAUCCGGAGGGUCGUCUCCGGCGCCGCGCCCAUGGGGAAGAAGCUCGAGGACGCCCUCCGAGCCAGGAUCCCCAACGCCGCCCUCGGUCAGGGAUAUGGGAUGACAGAAGCAGGCGCACUUUCGAUGUGCUUGGCCUUUGCAAAGGAGCCGAUGGAGGUGAAAUCAGGAUCCUGUGGGACUGUGAUAAGGAACGCAGAGAUGAAGAUUGUAGACCCAGAGACAGGGGCCUCUCUUCCUCACAAUCAGGCCGGUGAGAUCUGCAUUAGAGGUGCCCAAAUCAUGAAAGGUUAUCUGAAUGACGAGGAGGCGACGGCAAGGACGAUAGACAAGGACGGGUGGCUGCACAGCGGAGACAUCGGAUACGUGGAUGAAGAUGAGGAGCUCUUCAUAGUCGACCGUCUCAAGGAGCUGAUCAAGUACAAAGGCUUUCAGGUGGCCCCUGCCGAGCUGGAAGCCCUUCUUCUCACCCACCCUGCCGUCGUCGAUGCCGCCGUCGUCCCGAUGGAGGACGAGCUAGCAGGAGAGAUUCCGGUGGCAUUCGUCGUCAAAUCCCACGGCUCCGACGUCUUCGAGGAUGAUCUCAAGGCUUUUGUCGCCAAACAGGUGGUGUUCUACAAAAAGAUACACAAGGUUUUCUUUCUACAGACGAUCCCGAAGGCUCCGUCGGGGAAGAUUCUAAGGAAAGAUUUGAAAGCCAAGCUGGCCGCUUUGUCUACAAACUAAUUUGUUUUGUAGUUUCCACCUUUUCUCAGAUCAAAAGCCAGAAAGAUUAUGUGCGCAGUUUAUGACCAUAUUAAGGGCUUUAGCGUUUCAUAUAUGCAAGAUGUAUACGCUAGACAACAUAUGAUAUGUUCUUGACUGCGGUUUCAUAUAUCCUUCACUUACAAUAAUAAAUGUAAGUUUUCAUUUUGGCAGCA